AUAGUGACCUCGUGGCAGCCAAUCAGGAAUAUUUAAUGCUUACAUGACAAUCUUCGUCAUCAACCAAAUAUCCUACGUGGCAAAUAAUUAAUGUUUGACAAGUUCAAACAUCUAUCAAACUUCAAUAACCAUAAAAACAAUUUAAUAGUUAAUAAAAUAAUACUGUAUUUAAAAAUUAAUUUCCAGCACAUAUAUAUAAUCCCCAUACUCCAUUGACCAGUAAUAUAAACUUUGAUAAAGUAUACUAAACCUACCACCAUUUAUUAUCAUCACCCCAAAAAAAAAAAAACAACCCAUAUUAAUUAAUAAUCCUCCAUCGGCAGCCGACACCAUCGCCGCCGCACCGCCGCCAUGGAUUUCUCCGACGUUCCUUCCGGCCGCGGCUCGCCGAGGAAGGAGCUCCAAGGCCCCCGCCCGGCGCCGCUGAGAGUCCGCAAAGACUCCCACAAGAUCCGAAAACCGCCGAUGGCUCCGCCAGCAGCAACAGCAGCAUCCCAGCCGUUCCACCACCACCACCACGCGCCGCCGCGUCCGCCGGUGAUAAUAUACACGGUCUCCCCCAAGAUAAUCCAUGCAAACCCUAACGAGUUCAUGUCACUGGUCCAACGUUUGACCGGCCCCAACAACAGCUACUCUCCCUCAGCCUCUUCCUCCUCCUCCGCCUUCGCCGCCGCCGCCGACGGCGGCGCAGUAUCUCCGGCGGCCCGUUUCGCCUCCAUCGAGAAGACAAAAUCCCCCGACGGAGGACGAAAACAACAACACGUCAGCAAUCUCGACGAUCAAAACAUGGGAUUCUUCGAAGGAACAGACGUGCAAAUAAAUACAGGACAAUUCCCGGGAAUUCUAUCACCGAAUCCAAACUCUCUUCCGCCAUUAAUCCCACCUAAUUUCUUCUCUCUCCCAUCAGAUAAUAAUUAUUAUAAUAAUAAUAACCCCUUAAAUUAUUACUACGACAACAGUUUCAUUUUGCAACCUAGUCCCUCAACUUUCAUCUCACCUCGCAUCAACACCCCUUCUCCAAAUACUCUAGAACUUUUCCAUUCUUUAUUCGAUAUGUAAAUUAAUAAUCAUAUAAACACACAGAAAAUAAUGAUAUGGUAGAAUAUUCUUACAUUAAUUUCUUUGUUUGGAGCUUGGCUUCAAUGGCGAUUUGAUGAUGGGGAAACAAGAAAGGGACUGAAUUGUAAAUUCAUCACACGUUCUGCAAGCAAGUGGGGGCUUCUUCUCAUUGGAGGUUAUUUAAUUUUUAAUUUUU